AUUCUCGUCUGAGGUGUGAAGAAUCGCGCGGCUUUAUCAUUUUCAGUAUUAUUAUUUUCCAUUUAUAAAAUUCAAAUUUGAAUUUAAUAUAAUAUGAUGGAUAUAGAAGAAACUAACGGUGAUAUAGACACAUCAACAAACAUCGACGUAGAAAUAAUAGAAAACAAAGAGAAACACGAAAACGAGGAACCCUCAUCAUCCAAAGAUGUAUCUCAUAACCAAAAACACAGAUAUCUGCGUUUACCUUUAGCUAGAGUGAAAUCAAUGAUGAAAAUGGACCCAGGCUGUGCAAUGACAUCUCAGGAUUCUGUCUUUCUUAUCACAAAAGCUACAGAAAUGUUCAUAGAAUUUCUGGCUAAAGAAGCUAACAAGCAACUUGGAAGUGGAAAACGCAAGACUAUAAUGAAGCGAGAUGUUGAUGUAGCUAUUGAUAAUAACUCUUGCCUAUGUUUUCUUGAUGGUGCACUUUCUUGAUUUUAUUAUUUAUUGGAUAUUCCUUCUAGUUGUUUUGUUCAAUUGUUUUAAUUCCUAAAACUGUUUGAUAGUAUGUUUAUAUAAAAUUCUGAGGGUGAGAUAUAGGAUGGAACAACAUUACACAAAAUUACCCAGUAGAAGGUACAGCCAUUGAGCCUGAAGAUGAAGUCUAUUCACAAGAGGAGUUUAAUACACAAGAUGGUAUACCUCCUUAUAUGCUAUUUCUUGCACUCAUGAAUAAUCAGUUAUUGUAAGGCAUUCAGCUCUUCUUACCCCAUUAGUUAGUAGACACACAUAGACUGAGGUAUUUCAAAAAACUAAUGAUAUUGAUUGGCUGAUUUAUGUAGCUGACAAGUAAUUGGUCUUUUCACUUCAGUAAUCAUAUUUCAAAAUAUGCAUACUAAAAAAUUCAACCUUCUAGUUACUAGAAUUCUAAAUAACACUUGGUUACUGCAGAUAUCAUUACUUUGAUUUCUGUAUGCCAGCUCAAGUUUGGCAGUGCCCUAAACUGCCCUAUUGUCAAAUAUACUGUGUGAGGAAAUCAAGAAGCAAUUAAGUGUUAUCAAAAAAUGGAUUUCAAUAUUUUCAAUGUUGAAAGAAACUAUUAAUCUUGAUUCAUCAUUGCAAAUCAUAAAUAAAUAUUUAAUUUUCUAGUGAAUCUGUGAUAUACAAUUAGUAAAUAUUUAUAGAUAAUUAGGUGGUAGGUGUAUGCAAAAAGAGUAAAAGGUUCUAGAUGUUGUCUCUUGUGAUUUCAUCCUACCAUUCAUUCUCAAAAUUCAAAGAUAUCAAGUGAAAGAAAAGUGUGAAUAUUUUUUAAUAAAAUACAUGUUCCUGC